AUGGACGAUUGCGACGGACCAAUGACGUAUAUUCCUCCAAGUUGUAAAGUAAGCGUACAAAAAGUGGAUUCUUCCGUAUUAACUGAACCUCGAAAAUUAUGCGAUCAAAGUACCACCACACAGCACUGCAUCAAUCAUGGGGUGCAAACUGAUCAUAUGCCAACCGUUCAGAGUACAAUAACUGAUGUUAAAAUCAGUGAAGACGUGAUAAACUUGGUAUUGACUGCUUUGAAGGCAAAUAUUGAAGAGCAAAAUGUUCUAGCACGACUGGAUAUUUUGCAUCGUACCGAUUUUGUAACUUUAUCUGUUAUCACGCAGUUUCAAGUACCACAGAAAGAAGAUUUACCCUUGCAUAGUGCUGUGUGUGGUCCAAAUGGACGUACAGCAUUUUUGUUUGGUCAUCAUUAUCAUGAAACCUGGUGUCCACACAACGGAGUUGUUGUAUUUUGGCAGAGACGUUUCAUUGACCGCAUGGUACUGUCUACUUGUCCAACAAUACUCAGGUAUGGUCCUCAAGGCCUCGUAGCGAUAGGUUUGGUAACAGGUCAUAUUUUGAUAGCACUAAAUGGAGAAUGCUUGUCAACAAAAGAAGCUCAUACGUUGACUGUGACAUCUUUAGAGUGGCUUCCUUCAUUACGUCCACAGCUUGUUUCUGUAUCGUUAGAUGGCAAAAUCAUUAUUCAUAGUUUGAAAUCUACGUCACUAGAAGAGAAGCACUUUAGAUUAGUAACGAUUUCGGAUCUUCCAAGAAAUAUCAAACGAUCAAACUCAUCUACAAGAUAUACUGGUUUGACUUCAUUAUGUCUCGUCAAAGACAAAUUAUUCGUUGGUAACGAAUUGGGUGCUAUCUGGAGUGUUACACUUCCUGACUUGACACUUUCGUUAUUUCAUUACGAGAUUGACUGCAUCGAAAUGUUAGCGUACGUCUCAAAUCAUUUGCUAAUUAUCACGUCUUUUGGUCAAGUAAGUGAUUUCCCUAUCCACUUUUCAAAUAUUUUCCUUUUUUCUUCUUUCAGCCUUAGAUUUUACAGUUAUAACUGCAUGUACAUAUUACUAAGCUAA